AUGGUGAAUAUGCUACAAAGGAAUAAUCGUGUAUUAAUCACAGCAACAGACUAUGCGUAUUUGAAUGCGUUUUAUGUCUGUUACACUACGAGCCGAUUAUGGCGCUUCCGUAAUUUUUUUGUUGUAGCUCUGAACCAACACGCCUACGAUGUCCUAGAGCAGCAGGGCUUUCCUGUCGCUUUGGUUUCGAGUGUGAACUACCAAUCUGGAGGCGAUACACCGAGCGUGUAUGACGGGUACGCCUUCAAUCAGCUCACCGCCCUCAAACUGAUCGCAGUGCAGAAAGUGCUCAACAUGGGCGUCAAUUGCUUGUUCUUCGAUUCGGACGUCGUGAUUUUCCAAAACCCGUUCAAAUACGUUCCGACCGACGAGGAAUUCGACUUCAUUGCACAGAAAGACGCGACGAUUUGUUCGGGUUUUGUGUAUUGGCGAGCCACGGAUCGAAGCCGGCUCACGAUUGAGCUCACACUGAACAAAAUGAAGGAGCGGAACAUCCACGACCAAACCGCGUUGGUGGAAGUGGUCGACAACCAUCUGGUGCCCGAAUUGAAGAGCUUGCUGUUCGAGCCGAUGCUGUAUAAUCGCGGAAGCAUCUACUUCGAAAUGCAUCAGUUCGGCUGGGGACCGCACAGUAGGACGAGAGAAGCGAGGUGA